AUGACUUCUGAGGUGUCUGAAUAUAAUAUGCGGUCUGAGAGUUGUGGAGCAGUAAAAAGUGAUAAAAAAGUCUUUAAUUUUGAUAAUGAUGAACCCAAACUUGAUUAUGACUUCUUUUUUGAUCAAGUAAAGAAGUCAUUGCAAGAACUUAAUAUCAGAGAAUUAUAG